UCAGACGCCAGUGUGUGCUGCGCUGGAUUUCUCGAUCCCCGCCGGAGGCCCUUGAGCUUAUCUCACGCUCUAAUUGCCCAUCCGCAGGGUGUCCUAGGCCUUAUCCCCAGCAUUCUUUGGAGCAACUUCUGUGCAGAAGACUUUUCACUCAGUUUCGCAAGAGUUCUUCUCCCUCCCAUAAAGGUUGGGGCGAACUGCAGGUGCUAGCCCUGCACACUGCAGACUGGUCUCCGCAGAGAGGUGCCCCCGGGAGAGCAAUGGCAGGACCGGGAUCUGGGCUGCCUUCUGGUCUUGCGGCCCCCACGUUCCUGCCCUGGCUAACAGGACUAGGGGCUGGAAUGGUCUUCCUGAGCUUCUUGCAGAAACUCCUGUACCCUUACUUCUGGAGUGACCUCUGGUACUCGCUGAAGGUGGUUCUCCGUGGACUUUGGACAAACAGGCACAGACAGCAAGGGAAGCUAGUCACUGUCCUGGAUAAAUUCCUGAUCCAGGCCAAGAAGCAGCCCCAGAAACCUUUCAUCAUCUACGAGGGAGACAUCUACACCUAUGAGGAUGUGGACAGGAGAAGUAAUCAAGUUGCCCAUGCCUUCCGGAACCAUUCCCAGCUGAAAAGGGGCGAUACUGUAGCUUUGCUGAUGAGCAAUGAACCAGAUUUCAUUCACGUGUGGUUUGGCCUGGCCAAGCUGGGCUGCGUGGUGGCCUUCCUCAACACCAGCGUUCGAUCGGUCUCCCUCCUGCAUUGCAUCCGCAGUUGUGAGCCCAGGGCCCUCGUGGCGGGUGCAGAAUUUCUAGAAACUAUAGAAGACAUCCUUCCAAGCCUCCCAGAAGGUAUCAGCGUUUGGGCAAUGAAAGACUCUGUUCCACAAGGCAUAACUUCACUCAAAGAAAAACUGGACACAGCAUCUGACUGUCGGGUGCCACGCAGCCACCAUGCCAUCUCAAACACCAAGACUCCUUAUCUUUAUAUUUUUACUUCUGGAACAACAGGUCUACCAAAAGCAGCUGUGAUUUGUCAUCUGAUGGCUACAAAGUAUUCUUCUGGAUUAUGGGCUUUUGGUUGUACUUAUGAUGACAUCAUUUAUAUAACUCUUCCUCUGUAUCAUGGUGCAGCAUCUCUUCUGGGAAUUGGUGGAUGUAUUGAAUUAGGUGCCACUUGUGUGUUAAGGAAGAAAUUCUCAGCAAGCCAGUUUUGGAAUGACUGCCGGAAGUAUAAUGUGACUGUGUUCCAGUACAUUGGAGAACUUUGUCGCUACCUUUGCAAACAACCUAAGAGGGAAGGAGAAAAGGAUCAUCGGGUGCGUGUGGCAGUUGGAAAUGGAGCACGCAGUGAUGUAUGGAGAGAAUUCUUAGACAGAUUUGGAAAUAUUAAGAUCUGUGAGUUUUAUGGAGCUACUGAAGGAAACAUUAGCUUCAUGAAUCACACUGGGAAAAUUGGAUCAGUCGGGAGAGCGAGUUUCAUCCACAAACUUUUUUUUGCUUUUCACUUGAUAAAGUAUGAUGUUCAGAAAGAUGAACCCAUUAGAGAUGAGCAGGGCUGGUGCAGUGAAGUGAAAAAAGGGGAACCGGGACUUCUCAUUUCUCAAGUGAGUGAAAAGAAUCCCUUCUUUGGCUAUGCUGGGAAUAAGAAGCAGACAGAGAAGAAAUUGCUUUGUGAUGUUUUUAAGAAGGGAGAUGUUUACUUUAACACAGGAGAUUUAAUGGUCCAAGACCAGGAGGAUUUCCUUUAUUUUUGGGACCGGAUUGGAGACUCUUUCAGAUGGAAAGGGGAAAAUGUAGCAACCACAGAGGUUGGUGAUGUCAUUGGAAUGCUGGAUUUCAUACAGGAAGCAAAUGUCUAUGGUGUGACUGUGCCCGGUCAUGAAGGAAAAGCAGGAAUGGCUUCUAUUACUUUAAAACCAAACAAGUCUUUAGACUUGGAAAAAGUUUAUGAGCAAGUUGUUACAUUUUUACCAGCUUAUGCCUGUCCACAAUUUUUAAGAAUUCAGGAAAAGAUGGAAGCAACAGGGACAUUCAAACUACAGAAGUUUCAGUUGGUGGAAGAAGGAUUUAGUCCAUUGAAAAUUUCUGACCCACUUUACUUCAUGGAUAACUUGAAAAAAUCAUAUAUUCCUUUGACCAAAGAAAUUUAUGAUCAGAUUAUAUUAGGGAAGAUUAAACUUUAAGAUAUUUUUAUAUAUGGGAUUUUCACAUGCUGCUUAGGAGGAAUGAGAGGACAGUGAUUCUUUAAUAUGAUAAGGGGAGUGGGAACUGACAUUAAUUAAGCAUGUACUGUAUUUCCUUAAUAUGAAACAAUUUUUCCUUAAUUAAGUAAUAAUUUUAAUUUGUCUCAAUUGAUAACAAACUUUAGUUGAUUAUUCUUUUUACCUAUUUGGGGAUCCAGUGCAUAAGUAAAUAUCUGCCUUUAAGUUUUUAAAUAAUAAAUAAGUAGUUAACAAUUUAGACACAUACUAAAAAUAUACAUAUUAAUAUUUAAAAUUUCUAGUUUUGAGUGAAAGGUUGAAUUUUACUCAAAUAUUUGAUUUUUAUGUGCCCUGUCUUACAAGUCAAUAAAACUAUCCUUAUUAAUGUGAGUUUUGAGGUUUUGUUUUGAUGUUUUUAAUUGUAAAUUUUCAUUUAAAGGAAGGUAACUGACUAAAUGCAUGCACUCCUAUAUCCCUUUUCCUAAAUUCACAUGAAGAUGCUAGAAGAAAUGUAAAAAUAUGAAACAAUAAAGCAGGAAAACUGGAACGCCCCAAGCAUUUAGGAAUUUUUGGAAGAUAUAUAAGUGGGAUCAAGUUGAUGCUAAAAUCCAACAGACCUGUGCUGGUGGUGGUUUAGUGACUAAGUCAUGUCCGGCUCGUGCGACCCCAUGGACUGAGCCCACCAGGCUCCUCAGUCCAUGGGAUUCUCCAGGCAGGAGUACUGGAGUGGGUGCCAUUUCCUUCUCCAGGGGAUCUUCCAGAAUCAAACCCAGGUCUCCUGCAGUGCAGGUGGACUCUACUGACUGAGCUACGAGGUAAACCCUCAAUAGAGCUACAGAGACCACUAGCAAUACAGGGAAAUAAUAGACUAGAAUAGGACCAGUGUGUUAACACCAAGAUCAGAUGCAUAAAGGCUUUGAAUGUGAACAGUCUUCUGAAUAGUUAACCAGGAAAUGUAUCAAAAGAAUUGUGCAAUAAUUACAGUGGUACUUAUCUCCAUCUGGAAGCACCAGGCUCCAGUGUUUGGCUGAAGCCAAAAGCAGGUGAAAGACUCUCUUAUCAAAGUAAGCUAACUUCCUCAGGAGUGGGUGGUAGAGCUGGUCUUAAAGUCCUGUAUAGCACGGGGAACUCCGCUCAGUGUUAUGCAGCAGCUUGUAUGGGAGGGGUGUUAUGGCGAGAAUGAAUACU